GCUCCUUAUCUAGUCUCCCUGGUUUUAUUGAUAAAAGUCAUUCUAAAGAAUCCAAUAAAUCUGGGAUUGAUCCAACAAAACGCACCUCUUGUGUAGUCUCCCUGGGUAGAACUUAGAAGUCAAAAUAUAUUAUUAAGCUGUGUCAAAACUGUCAAAAGGAUGAAUAUUUUCAAUGUAGCUAAACACUUCGAUGCUGUAGAAACACUACAUGUUGAAAAUAAUUUAUCGACUAAGUAUAAUGCACAGGAUUUUGACUAUUUAUUAGUGCUCGAUUUUGAAGCAUAUCAUAUGUAUAUGUAUAUCUUUGUAGGAAUUAAACAAUAUCAAGUAGAUAAUGGUGUACCGUUAAAUACUGCCUUAAUGCUGUUCCAACAAUGGCUAAAUGAAUAUAUAAAUCAUUAUAAUCUGACUUUUGAUAUAUUUCAAUCACUAAAUAAAAAAUGUGUAUUUGCCACAUGGUCUGACUGGGAUUUAGGAGUUUGUCUUCCAAAUGAAUGUAAGAGGAAGAGAAUUAAAAUAGCAGAUAUGUUUAAUAAAUGGAUUGAUGUUCGAGCACUUUAUAGGGUACUGUAUUACAAAUUUAAAUUGUAUGUAAGAAGGGUGUUUUAG